AUGAUGUCAUACUCAUUUUUUGAGUCUGCCAUGAGUCCGACGUGGCACGAUCCAACCGACCUACGAGUCCGUAAACUCAUGAUGGUGCAAAUACAGAGUCACGCAGCAAUGGCACAGCAACACGCAAUUUUGCAGACUAACGGAAACAUGGACACUAGUCCCUCGCUCUUGCAGCGACUUGAAUGGAUGUUGUACCAUUCUGCGGGUUCCUUGAGUGAAUAUCUUCAUCAGUCAUCACUUGGGCGACGUGUACAGGGUCUUGUGACACAUUACAAGCGCAAACGGUCCGAGACAGACUUUAUUGAAGACUUUAUGGCAUCGAUUCGAGCUUCUACUACCAAGAGACAGCGACCUCGAUUGAUGAUUGCGAAAGAUGAAAGCUUCAUCUACAGCACUAGUGCUAGAGAGUGCGUCCUGAAUUGUAACUUGGACCUGUUACGACACGUUUGCAGGUUUCUAGACAGCUCGGACUUACUACGAUGUAGAUCCAUGAACAAGUUUUUGUAUCUUCAUGCGCCGUCUUUUGUGCAGUCGCUGCACGUCGACGCGACGCUGACUUCAGGUUCAAAGCCACAGGACUACGACGACGGAGCUGCGACUGGACUGCGCAGUCUGCUGCACGAAUGCAAGAAUCUUACGAGUCUCACGAUCUCAAACCAGGCCAAUCAAUCACAUUUCAAGGCGGGUAUCGUGUUUCCAAGAGCGCUUACGGCGUCGACAGCGUCGACAUCGUCGUACGGUCACCAACUGGUUUGUGAAGUUGCUCACGCGUUGAAAGAAGGAGCAUGCCCUUUCCUGCAAUCCUUUGAGCUUCUUGCUCCGUUCGACUUUGCAACGGAGAGCGAGACAGUUUUAGUGGUACUGCAAGCAUUAGCUGGAUCCUCAACAGAAGCUGACGAGGUCAGGGUGCCACUGCAGCAUUUGGUGCUUGAUGCAACUUUUCUUGGUGAUCGCGGCAUUAAGCAGCUGACCGACCUGUUUGAGAAUCGAUGCGCAUUCUUCAAGCACCUACAGACACUGACAGUUCGUAACAACUUCAUUGGUGAAACAGGUUGUCGUGAUCUGCUUGAAGCUAUCGAGAUGUUCAGUGACCUUCAAACUCUAGACCUCAGUCGCAACAUCCUGACAGACACAGACGCAUUGGCACUUGCAGAUUUGCUCGACGACCCUUUCACAAAUUGGAGCUUUUGUGACAGCGUGGAUGGCAAUUGGAAGACCUCGUCUGAAGACGAUACGGAUCGUGAACAGUUUAGCGCACCCGGACUUGCCGGACUAAGAACCCUUAAGCUUCACGAAAACUUCAUCACAUGCGACGGGUUUCACGCCAUCACGAUUGCCUUGUGUUCUCGAGAAGUCUUUGUGACGACGAUCGGUAAUGCUGCAGAAUCCCGUGACGCAGAACAAGAUGACGAAUAUGACGACGACGAUGAUGAUGGUGAUGAAGAAGAUCCAUAG